AGCUAUGGCGGACACACGAAGACCCGUUUCAAAUCUACGGCGGCCGGCGCCGAUAGCCGACAGGGAAGCUGAACUCGCCGACGCGAAAGAAGCGAGGAACUACUUAUCGGAGUGGUUCUCGAACCUCGUAUCUGUGCAAGCGGAGACAGUCUCCGCCUGCUUAUCCGCGCUCUCAUCGCCGCUUCUCUCGGGUUCCGAGCGGGAUAGGGCGGUGGAGCCGGGCAUGGUCGCAGCAGCAAACGAUACGACGUCGUCGGAGGUUGGCGGCGGCGGCGGCGGUUUGCUGAGGAAAAUCGGGGUUGGCAUACUAGCGGCGGCGUAUGUUGGGAUGAUUCUAACGAUUCUGUUGGUUGUGGCGGCGGUUUUGGGCGUGGCGGUGGUGAGGAUGUGGGUGGAGGAGCCGGUGUUGUUGAGGGAGAGGUUGAAUUUUGACUACACAGAUGCUCACCCUAAGGCCAUCUUCUCUUUUGUUCACGGAAGCGGCGGUGAAUUCAAAACGCAUAACACUAAAUUUGUUGCUAAGAGUAAGAAAAUGGGUGUUCCUGUUGGCCAUACAUUCUAUGUUUCUUUGCUUCUUGUAAUGCCGGAAUCCGAUUAUAACAGAGAACUUGGGAUCUUCCAGGUGGCUGCAGAGCUGAUAUCAAACAAUGGAGGCAUAGUGAGAAGAUCAAGCCAUCCAUGUAUGUUACAGUUUAGAAGCCAGCCAAUCCGACUUAUGCGAGAACUCAUCUGGGGCGUACCCCUGCUACUAGGAAUAGCCUCUGAAACUCAGAGGAUAGUCAUUCCAACGAUAAGCCACAAGGAAGGGUAUCCAAGAACAGAGGCAAUCCGCGUGAUCUUGAUGCCACGGGCUAGCACGCUGGCGCUGCCAGCGGUGUACGAGGCCGAGAUUGUUCUCAAGUCUCAUCUCCCUUGGAUGAAAGAGCUGUUGUACAGAUGGAAAUGGACGUUCUACGUGUGGGUGUCAAUGUACAUUUACAUGGCGCUCCUCGUGGUUUCUCUAUGUUGCUUCAGAUCACUUAUGGUCCCUGUCCUGACAACAACUGUUAGGGGGUACGAUGAAGAACGGUUAAUGUUGGAACCCUCGGAAGACAGGGUUGGGGAGGAAAGAAAUGUCCCCGAGUCGUUGAAAAGGCGCAGGCUGAGCAGCAGAAGGAAGGCAAUGCUUCGGCAGAAGGUUAUGGCAGAGCCGGCUGAGACAGUCGAUUCUUCUGCUUCGAGCUAUACAAUAACCAGAGACGACACGGCUCCACUUCAGGAAGACACCGAGGACUCGGAAUCUGUCUGCUUCAGAAGCGGAGGCGAGGAAUAACAGCCAGCCCUGGGUAUAUUUCAUCUUUACAUAUAUCACUUGUAUCUUGCAGUUUCAGUGUCUCUUGUUAUCUCUUCCUCUGUAACAAUAAUAAGCUGAAGUUUCCAUGGAAGAACAGUGAUUAUCUGCAGUUACACUGCACCAGCUUAACAUAACUGUAGUCAUAUAUAUCAGUCGGUUGCAAUUUCUCGAAUUACAUAACACAAGAAAGAUAGCAAGUUCACAUAUAUUACAAGUUCCUGACAGCCAAAAAUAGCACAAGAAAGAUAGCAAGUUCACAUAUAUUACAAGUUCCUGACAGCCAAAAAUGGCAUAAAACUAGAAACUUUCAA